AUGGAAGACAACACAGAACAACCAAUUGCAUUUGCCUCGAGAUCAUUGUCCGCAGCUGAAAAAAACUAUUCUCAACUAGACAAAGAGGCACUAGCCAUCGUAUUUGGUGUCAAGAAAUUUCACCAGUACGUGUAUGGUCGGCAUUUCACCAUACUAACAGAUCACAAGCCGCUUGAGCGGGUACUUCAUCCGGAUAAAAUGACACCACCAAUGGCUGCAGCUCGAAUUCAGCGGUGGGCAUUAAUUUUGUCUGCGUACGACUACGCCAUUCAGUACAAAGAAGGAAGUCAGAAUGCAUGCAAAUGCUGAUGCCCUCGGUAGAUUACCAUUGCCAGACACCCCAGGUUCAACACCAGUUCCUGAAGAAACAAUCUUACUCAUGGAACUAUUGGAGACUACUCCAAUAAGAGCAGAGCAAGUGAAGAACUGGACAAAGAGAACUCCUGUACUUGCUAGAGUUUUGAAAUUUAUUAAUUAA